AUGAAUUUUGUUUAUGAUCAAUCGUCAACAAUUUCUAUUUAUCAUAAUUCGAUAUUUUCACUUGCCGAUGUUGAAUCCGUAUUAGAACCUUUAUUUGGAAAUUAUUAUGGUAAAGAAAAAUUAGCUGCGAUCAUUUCAAGUGUUGAUCAUAUAUGGUGUGUUUAUGAUAGAAGAAUAAAUCAAUAUGUUGCUUGUGCACUUGUACAAAGUCAUAAUGAAAAAGAUGUGCUCUAUAUAAAAUUGUUUGGUGUUGCCAUAUCUAGUCAAGGUCAAGGUAUCGGUACACGUUUGCUCAAGGCAAUCAAAAAAUGGGCACGACAAGCAAAUUAUUUUGCUGUUAUUUUACAUACACAAAUCAAUAAUGAUAAAGCAAUUGGUUUAUAUGAAAAACUUGGAUUUGAAAAACAAUAUCUAUUUAAAGAUUUUUUUCGACCUCGUGAAAUUCCUUUAUCACUUUAUAUUCAUGAACCAGACGCAUAUCAAAUGAUUUUAUAUUUACAAUAA